AUGCGCACGCACGCAUCAGACGACGACGACGUCCCCGCCCCAAGGGCCGCUCCCGCCAAGGCUGCCGCGCCCGCUCCUGCCGCUCAGCCCCAGCGCAACAUCCCCGGUGCCGGCAACCAGCGCCGCGGUGGUGCCCGCAACGGCGCUCCCCGUGCCGCUGCCGGUGCUGACGCCGUCGAAGGCGAGCAGCAGAAGGACGCCCGCGCCGGCCGUGGCCGCAACGGCGAGAGCCGUGGCCGUGGUGGCCGUGGUCGUGGCCGCGGUGCUCCCCGAGGCCGUGCUUUCGACCGUCACUCUCAGACGGACCGCGUCGACUCGCAAAAGGCUGUCGCCCAGGGCUGGGGUGGUGAGGACGGCGAGAAGGAGCUCGACAACGAGCAGAAGGCCGAGGCUGACGCCAAGGCUGAGGGCGCCGAGGCCGGCGCUGUCGCUGCUGCGCCCGCUGAGGCCGAGAAGGUUCCCGAGGAGGAGGAGGACAAGACCAUGACGCUCGACCAGUACCUCGCCUCCAAGGCCGGCAAGAAGCUCAACAUUGAGAGCAAGGCUCCUCGCGAGGUCGCCACCGACGACUCUGCUUACUCCAAGUUCUCCAAGCACCAGAAGGAGGAGGCCGAGUACUUUGCGGCUACCAAGACGCAGAAGGCCAAGUCGCGCGCCCAGAAGGAGGGCAAGCAGGUGCUCGAGAUCGAGCAGACUUUCAGCCAGCCCGCUGUUCAGCGCGGCGGCCGUGGCGGUGCCCGUGGUGGCAGCCGUGGCGCUCCUCGCGGUGAGCGUGGCGCUGGUCGUGGCCGUGGUGGCCGUGGUGGUCGUGGCGGCAACGCUUCGGUCAACCUGGCUGACCAGAGCGCCUUCCCCUCGCUUGCUUAA